AUAUGCCCGCAACCCAGGUACAUGCCCUUGACCGGAAUCGAACCUGGGACCCCUCAGUCCGCAGGCCGACGCUCUAUCCACUGAGCCAAACCGGUUUUGGCAAAUGAUUCAUUCAUUUUUGACAGUUGAGCACCUACAGUGUACCAGGCUCCAUGCUAGAGGUACCCAUGAGCUGUACAACCAGGACCUGUCCUGGACCCUCAGUCAUAGGGACAUGGGCUCAGGUGUGGUGGAAGCACGGAUGGGGGUUAGGUCUAAGCGGAGGCCCUGAUUAAUUAGACAUGGGAGGAGCGUGGGCAGAGUUCUCACAGGUGAGAAGAAGGCAGAGAGUCCAUUGUAACUGCAGAGUGUAAGAGGCAGGAGGCUGAGAGCACAGGCAACAAAGAUAAGAUGGGGCCUGUUGAUUCAUGGAAGGUUCUGCAAACCAGCAGUUUGGACUUUGUCCUGAGAGGAAUAGAAACAAACAGCAUUGUUUUUAAAUUUUAAUUCAAGUCUCUCCCUGAAGAUGUUUGUGCCUGGAAGCAGUGUGGUCAGAUUUGCAGUUUUAAAAGAUGACUGUGGCUGCAGGCUAGAGGGAUCAAAGAGAUGAGGUGAGGGAAGAGGUGGUGGCUGUCACCAAGGAUGCUGGGGCCCUGAGCUGGGAUGACAGCAGGUGAAUUUGAGAGCUGUUAGGUCCACAGCAGUUCUCAACCUGUGGGUUACGACCCCUUUGGCAGUCGAACGACCCUUUCACAGGGGUCGCCUAAGACCAUCCUGCAUAUCAGAUAUUUACAUUACGAUUCAUAACAGUAGCAACAUUGCAGUUAUGAAGUAGCAACGAAAAUAAUUUAUGGUUGGGUCACAACAUGAGGAACUGUAUUUAAAGGGCCAGAAGGUUGAGAACCACUGUGUUAGGAGGUAGGAUGAGCAGGUGCAGAGGGACCGAGUCAGGGGAGCUGCCCAGGUUUCUGGCUAGGGCAGUGGGUCGGUAAAUAGCAUGGCAUUCACUGGGAUAGGGCAGCCAGGAGAAGGAGCAGGUUGGGGGUGAGGGAGGGAGAUGAGUUCAGGUUUGGAAAUGUGCCUGUGGCACAGCUGAGUACAUGGAUAUGUGGGUCUGAAGCUCUGGAAGGAGUUGCAAGUGUGGACAGAGGGCUGGAGAUGGAGCCAUGGGAGUGGACUGUUGUCAGGGAAAGAAGGGGAGCGUUUCCACCCAAAAAAGAGGCCAGAGAAGUGGGAUGCAAUCCCUGAAGCCAGGAGAGAGCAUCCCAAGACGAAGCCAGCAGUGGUCAACAGUGGAGCCAAGUGCCCACUUCAGGCUGGGAGUGUGGUGAAAAGAGCCUGAACUUUGAGUCCCCGCCCAUUGCUUCAAACGCUGGGUCUUAGACACAUUUGUAACCUGUGUGAGCUCUAGUUUCAUUUGCCAAAUGGGUAAACACCUAGCUCUUAAGUGUUGUGAGAUUUUUGAGGUGGUGGGUGUAGGUGCCUUGCCCAGUGCUGCUCUGGGAGCACGGUGGAGGGUGGGUUGGCACAGUUAGGGCUGGAGAAUGCCCAGGAGGCCACCAGGAUGGAUCAGUGGGGGCAGACUCUGGGUGAGGGGUCAUCAGCAGGGCUUGGUCCUGAAGCAGUAGAUAGACUGAGGAGUCUUAUAAAUUUCCCAUGGGAUAAGUCGUUGUGGAUUGGAGAGGAGGCAAGUGUGUGGAGAACUGUUGGCUGAGUUUCCGUGUUGGAAUGUUGAGUUUGAGAUGCCUGUGUGCCAAUGGGAGGUGGAGGGGGCGUGGGAAUAUCGGUGUCUGGACGGAGGCUCCUGGGCUGGAGGUGUGGGUGUGGGCGUGGGCGUGAGCAGGGUGAGGUUGCCCUAAGAGGCUGCAGCUGGAGGAGAUAAGAGGAACAGCAACAUCUGCAGGCAGGCCGAGGAAAAGGAGACACAGCAGGGCAGCCGGAAGAAGAGAGAGAAUCCCAAACUGAGAGGGGAGGCCAUCAGCCAUCUCAGAUGCACCAGAGAAGCCACUGACUUUUCACAGCCCCAUGUAACCGAGGCUGGAUCCUGGGGCAUGCUGUGAAGGCUCUGCAGCUUGCCUGGGGGAGGACAUUUCGUUUUUGAUGGGUUGCUGCCCUUCCGGGUGGUGCCUCUGGAUUCAUCGGUGUGUGACAGUCCUGACUUAGAGGAGAGCCAGCAAAACCAGCACAGGCCACCGGGCUACCGCACCCUCAGCCAGCUGCAUAGUUGCACCCGGUGAUCAAGGCUUUCCUGUGCGGCUCCAUCAGUGGCACCUGCUCUACCCUCCUUUUCCAGCCCCUGGAUCUCCUCAAAACACGCCUGCAGAUGCUCCAGCCCUCAGCCCAUGGAUCCAGGCGCAUUGGAAUGCUCACUCUGCUCCUGCAGGUGGUCCGCACCGAGAGUCUUCUGGGUCUGUGGAAAGGGAUGUCCCCUUCCAUUGUGAGGUGUGUCCCUGGUGUUGGAAUCUACUUCGGGACUCUCUACUCUCUGAAGCAAUACUUCCUGCGAGGCCAUCCCCCCACUGCCAUGGAGUCCGUCAUGCUGGGGGUGGGCUCUCGCUCGGUCGCAGGGGUCUGCAUGUCGCCUAUCACUGUGAUCAAGACGCGUUACGAGAGCGGGAGGUACGGCUACGAGAGCGUCUACGCAGCCCUGCGGAGCAUCUACCGCAGCGAGGGCCACCGGGGCCUCUUCAGUGGCCUGACGGCGACACUCCUUCGUGAUGCCCCCUUUUCUGGAAUCUACCUAAUGUUUUACAACCAGACCAAAGCCAUCGUGCCCCAUGACCAGUUGGAUGCAGCCCUUAUUCCUGUUGUAAAUUUCAGCUGUGGGAUAUUUGCUGGUGUUCUGGCCUCACUGGUGACUCAGCCUGCAGAUGUUAUCAAAACUCAUAUGCAGCUCUCCCCAGUGAAAUUUCGGUGGAUUGGCCAGGCAGUGACAAUCAUCUUCAAAGACUAUGGGCUGCGUGGCUUCUUCCAAGGCGGCGUCCCCCGGGCCCUCCGCAGGACUCUGAUGGCAGCCAUGGCAUGGACAGUCUAUGAAGAGAUGAUGGCCAAGAUGGGCCUGAAGUCCUGACCCAGCAGCACUGGGAAAAGAUGGGAUCUGGUGCCCUGCCUGGUUUCUGCUGAGAGCUGCUUCAUCUCUAACCUGGACUGAGGUGAAGUCCUGUGGGGAAAGCCAGGCAGAUGUGUCACCUUGUUACCCAGUUCACGUAGCGAAUAGGUGGGCCAGACUCGAGCUUUCAGUAUCUCCCGGAAGAGGAGCCACUGAGACAGACAGCACACGGGGGAGUUUGCAGAAGGGCUUGCACACCCUGCAAACCUGAAAGCACUUCCAGGGAGAGAGCUCUGUCGGGGGUCUCCACUUCAGCCACCCACCUAUACCACGGUGCCUCUUUGGGUCUGUUCUUUGCAAGGAAUUGCAAAGCCAGAGAAGCUGUGGGCCACCUGCCGUGACUGAGGAACUCCAGCAGGGCGCUGGUUCUGCAGAAAGAGGAGUCCCUGUCACCAGGCCGGAGAUGAUGUUGGGAUGAGAAAGAAAAGGUGUCAUGAUGACUUAAUUAGUUUAUUAACCUGGCAGAGGUUCUGCAGAAGGGGGGACAGUGGCUUCCUAGCCUCUCAGUGUCCAAAUAAAGGUUUUUUAUUUUGUCCCAGCUCUGUUUCAACUCUGAGUUCUGGCAUUUUCUGCAGCUGAAGUCCAGAUAAAGAAAUUGAAGCACUUUAUCAUUGAAAACUGCUUGGAAAACCUAAGUAGUGUCAUCACUCUGUUUUAAGACCUAGAUAGGUCCUAAGUUUUAGGACCUAAAUUGUAAACAGCAUUAUGUUACUUGUCAUCAGUGUGCCCAUUACAAAUACACAAUUCAGUGAUUUUUAGUAACUUUAUUGCAUUCAUCACCAUCAAUCAAUUUUAGAACACAUUUAUCCCUCCCUAAGAUCUCUCAAAGUUAACCCUCGUUCCGGACCCCGACCCCAGGCAGCCACUGGUCUGCUUUUUGUCUUAAAUUUGCCUUUUCUCUAUAUCUCAUGUCAAUGGAGCCAUACAAUAUGUAGGUUCUUGUGUGUCUGGCUUCUUUCACUUUGCAUAAUGUGUUUAAGGUUCAUCUAUGAUGUGGCAUAUCCAACACUUUAUCCUUUUUUAAUGUCAGAAUACUAUUGUAUUGUAUGCCUAGACCCUAUGUUAUUUAUCCAUCAGUGAACUAAUAUUUUGUUUCCACUUUGGAGUUCUUAUGAAUGAUGCCACUAUGAACAUUCAUGUACACAUGUUAGUAUGGAUGUAUAUUUUUGUUUCCCUUGCAUAUACAGGGAUGGCCAAAAAUAGAUUUGCAUAAUGCAAAUCCUGUAUAAUAAAGAUGUAAUAUGCAAA